CAAUGAGUGAUUAUCAGUAAAAAUACUAAGAAAUCAAAGGAAGUCUAGCCAUUUUGAUGUAAUAAAAUAAUGCUCUCAAAUAAUAACUUAAAGAAGCUUGUGAAGAAUUAUAAGAAAAAUAAUAGUUAAAAGAAGAAUGGGCAGAUGAAGUGUAAAGAGUCUCUGAAACAAUUAAUAUAUUAUAAAAUGAAAAUUCUUGUAAUUAUUAUUUAUAUUUUAGAGUUAUAAUAAGAAAAUGAAUAAUUGCAUAGAAACUGUUCAGAAUCUAAAUACUUAAUUGAGCAAUAAAUUGAAUAAAUUACUAUUUUGAAGGAUUAGAAUGAUAAAUUGGUUAAUUAGUUAGAUUAAUGCAGAUAAUAAAAUUUACAAAAGGAAUUAUAUAUAAAAUAGUAAAGAGAUGAUAAUCUUAAAUAAAUAGAUUAAUUACAAUAGUAAUAAUUUGAAGAAAUAAAAAAAUUAUAGGGUAUAAUUGAUAAUCAAAGUGGUUUAAUAUAAUCUUAUGAGAAAUUAAAUGAAAUUGAGAAAUAAGAUACUCAUCAUGUUAAAUAAUAACACUAAAUUAUAUUUGAAGAUUAACUUAUUGAAUUGAAGAAUAGAAAUAUCAUACUAUCAAAUAAAAUUAAUGAAGAGAAAUAGAAAUAUGAUUAAUUAUUUGAAUAACAUAAAGAUGAAGUAUAAAAACUAUAAGGUGUAAUUAAAGAAUAAAAAGAAUUAUUAAAUCAAUAUGAAAGAAUUAUAGAGAGAGAUAAGAAAUAAGUCUAAUAACAACAAAAUUUGAACAUUACUCCUAUUCAUAAGUAAUAUGAAAUACCAUAACUUCAAUAACCUUAAUAAAUUAAAUAAAUACAUUAAAUAUAAUAAGCACCACCACAAUAACCUUUAUAUUAACAAUCUAAUUAUAAUCAAAAUAUGUAUCAAUAAACUUUGACAUCCCCUGUUCUUUAUGAAAAAUGCAAUCAACCAUCUCCAACUUAUUUACACACAUAACCAAGUUAUGCAUAACCUCUAUCAUAAAGACCACCAAAAACCUUUUUUACUAACAAUAAGAUAAAUCAUCAAUUACAAUAAUAGAUAACAAGAGAUAAAUAAAAUUCAAGAGAAUAUCACUAAAAACGUAGUUUUCAUUUUGAUGAUUAAGAAGACAGUAAAAGAGUAGAAAAAGAAUUUUAAGAAGAAUUUUUGAAUAAAUUUUAGAAUGUAAUUGGAAGAAUGGAAGAUAAACUAUAUUAAAUGCAAAAUGAACUAAAUAUUUCUGAUAUUUCUGAUAAACCAAAAAAAUUAAGAUGA